CCUCUUCCCUCGUUAAUUAAUUACAUCAUUAUUUAAUUAAUUAGCUUCCUGAUCGUCGCUGUUUACUUGUAAUUAACUUAAUUUAAUUAAUUAAUUGUAACCCCCCGAAAAAAAAAAAAUUAAAAGCCUAAUUAGUGAGCGGCGUGACAGAGAACGGGAUUAAGGCGCUGACGCGGAUCCAAUAAUUGAGCGCACCAACAACAGCGCAUCAGAAAUCAGACGCAGGUUGGGUCACCUCCGAUCCGACGGCCACGAUUCGUCCCCGUCUCCCUCGAUCUCUCCAAAACCCGUUCACACGGCCCAAAUUUUCUGGAGCUCUUACUUUUCGCCCUAAACCACAAUAUUAUUACACACACACAUCAAUUUCAAAAACCUAUUUUAUAGAUCGGGUAUUAACUAUUCGAUACUUAUUCCGCUGACCCCCUCCUAUUCCUCCUCUUCCUCUUCUUCUUCUCUCCUCCGCCUCCUCCGCGGGCCCUUCCAUGGUAGGCGAGGAGACGAGCCGAAGCCGCAAAGGCGACUUCGAGCUCCGCCACUGGAGAUCGUCGUCGUCGUCGUCGUCGUCGGACAAGAAGAAGCAACCCUCGCUGCGGCGGAGGGCCACCGCGGUGCUCCCGGCGAUCGAGAUCCCCAACGGCAGCGGCGGCGGCGGCGGCGGCGGCGGCUCGGAAUUAGAGAGCGGGAGCUUCGGAUCCGAGCGGGGAUACACAAGCCUCCGCGACAUCCUCUCGUCGCCGAGGUACUCCUCCGCCUCCGCCGCAGCCGACUCCCCCAUGGGCGGCGGCGGCGGCGGAGGAGGAGGAGGGAGCUGUGCGGAGAUCCGAAUCAGCAACCCGCUGGUGAAGCAGGCCGCGUACGCCUACCUGCAGCCGACGCCGUCGAUGCGGGAGCCCUCGCGCCGCCGCCGCAGCCGCCUCUGCCGCCUCCUCCUCGCCCUCGCCUGCUGCUGCAGCAGCGGCGGCGCCGGACGUGGCGGCGCCGCCGCGCUCUUCGGCCCCUGCUUCGACUUCCUCGGCCGCCUCUUCGGCCGAUAACGGCGGCGGCGGUAAGCACCGAGGCUCGCGAUGGCCGUCUCACGCUAUUACAAUUUUCUUAUUUCUUCCAAUUUGUUGAAUUUGAUUUUGGUUUACUUUUUUUUUUUUUUUCUUUCUUCUGGUUACGUCCUGAUUUGUAAAUAGAUAGAAGAAUGGGACGAACAAAUAGAUGCUAA